AUGACCACCGUCAUGCAUGCGCGCCGCCGGGUGCGCGCCACGUUGGCACUUCUUCUCCUGGCGACUAUCGUGUGCGCGGCGGCCGCGAAGCAGCCGUCGCACAACCGCUUCAUCGUCGUGUGCGAUGACGAGAACGACCACCCCGGCGCCGGCAACGCCUGCCGCGCCGCCGCCCGUGCCAAGGGCGCCGCCAUCGUCAACGACGCGCUCCCGGGCCACCGUGCGUUUGCGGCCGAGUUCCCCGACACCUUUUCGCCCGCGGGCGUACAGCAGACCGCGGACGACCUGCUGAAGACCCAGGGCAACGGCGUGCGCUUCAUGGAGCCCGACGGCGUCCACUGGCUCAUCGAGGACGACCUCGAGGAGGUCAUCGACGCUGACACCCCCCCCUCGCGCUCCCGCAAGCUCCUGGAGCAGCACCGCCGCAACCUCGCGCAGACCAUGCCGCCCGGCGUGCCCAUGGCCGACGUCGACCCCUCCCUGUGGCCCGUCGCGGCCGGCGGCAAGAAGGUCUGCAUCAUCGACUCGGGCUACAUGCUGUCGCACGUGGACCUGCCGGGCACGGAGACGACGACGGGGUCGGCGAACGGCGGCGCGGGCGUGUGGUACGAGGACACCAUGGGCCACGGCACGCACGUCGCCGGCACGGUCGCCGCCGUCCACAACGACCAGGGCGUCGUGGGCGUGGCGCCGUCCGUGGGGCUGCACAUCGUGCGGGUGUUUGACGCGCAGCGCUGGGCGUACUCGUCGAGUCUGUAUAGGGCGAUAGUGGAGUGCCUGACGACGGGCGGCGCGCAGAUCGUCUCGAUGUCGCUCGGGCGGUCGUCUUACUCGUCGUGGGAGGACGCACAGUUCACUAGGCUGGCGGAGGAGUACGACGCGCUGUUCGUGGCGGCGGCGGGCAACGGCGGCAGCUCCGCCUACCACUGGCCGGCGUCAUACCCGAGCGUGGUGAGCGUGGGGUCGGUGACGGCCUCGGAGGUCCGAAGCCGCUUCUCGCAGUACAACGACCGCGUGGAGCUGGCCGCGCACGGGUCGUCGGUGCUGUCGACGUACAAGAACGGCGGCUAUGCCCGCAAGUCCGGCACGUCCAUGGCGACGCCGCACGUGUCGGGCGUGGCGGCGCUGGUGUGGAACAGGCACCCCACCUGCACCAGCGUGGAGAUCAGGACGGCGCUGCAGAUGUCCGCGCGGGACAAGGGGCCCGCGGGGUACGACAACGAGUACGGCUGGGGCAUCGUGCAGGGGGGCGCGGCGAUCGACCUGAUCAGCGCCUGCGGCUGCGACGUGGUGGAGUGCCCGGGCAACAGCACCCCGGCGCCCCCGACUGAGGCGCCGCCGACCGAGGCGCCCCCGACGCAGGCCCCGCCCACCGAGGCGCCCCCGACGCAGCCGCCCACCGAGCUGGUCGACGUGCAGUUCGGCGCCACGGGCCCCGUCGCCAUCCCGGACGCCCGUCGCGCCGCGCGGUCCCCCGCGGUCAACAACCUCCCCGCCGGCUACACGUCGUGCUCCGUGGCGUCCCUGACGGUGGCGGUCGACGUGACGCACGCGAACAUCGGCGACGUGGUUCUGGUCCUCAGGCACCCGACCGGCGGGUCGGUGCGGCUCAUCAGGCGGCGCGGCGGGAGCGGCGACAACCUGGUCGGCACGGUGUUCGACGACGACGCGGCCGUCCGCAUUCGCGACGGCUCGGCGCCGUUCACGGGGGCGUUCCGCCCGGAGAACGCGCUGGCGAGGUUCGUUGGCCUCGACGCCACGGGCCGGUGGAGGCUGAUUGCCAGGGACAGGAGCGCCGGGACGACCGGGACGCUCGACAGCUGGACGGUCAACAUAACCAUGGAGUGCUCGCGGACGGACGCCCAGCCGACCGAGGCGCCGCCGACUGAGGCCCCGCCGACCGAGGCCCCGCCGACGCAGGCCCCGCCCACCGAGGCGCCCCCGACGCAGCCGCCCACCGAGCUGGUCGACGUGCAGUUCGGCGUCACGGGCCCCAUCGCCAUCCCGGACAACGACCGUCGCGGCGUGCGCCCCGAAGUCGUCAACAACCUCCCCGCCGGCUACACGUCGUGCUCCGUGGAGUCCCUGACGGUGGCGGUCGACGUGACGCACGCGAACAUCGGCGACGUGCUUCUGAACCUCAGGGGCCCCACCGGCGCGUGGGUGCGUCUCAUCAACAAGCGCGGCGGGAGCGGCGACAACAUGGUCGGCACGGUGUUCGACGACGACGCGUCGCGCAGCAUCCGCAAGGGCUCGGCGCCGUUCACGGGGUCGUACGUGCCGGAGAGGGGGCUUGCGAGGUUUGACGGGCUCAACGCUGAGGGCACUUGGACGCUAAUUGCCAAGGACAGGCGGCGCGGGACGACCGGGACGCUGGACAGCUGGACGGUCGACAUGACGAUGGAGUGCUCGUGA